AUGAGCAACGAACCUUUGCAAGAAGUCACUGAUCACGAAAUCGAGUCCAACUGGGAGGAGGUUGUUGACAACUUUGACAACAUGAACCUCAAGACCGAGCUCCUUCGUGGUGUAUAUGCUUACGGUUUCGAGCGUCCCUCUGCCAUUCAACAACGUGCCAUUAUGCCUGUUAUCAAGGGUCACGAUGUGAUUGCUCAAGCCCAGUCCGGUACCGGUAAAACUGCUACCUUCUCUAUCUCUAUCUUGCAAUCGAUCGACACUUCCAAGAAGGAAACUCAGGCCUUGAUCUUGGCUCCUACUCGUGAAUUGGCCCUUCAGAUCCAAAAGGUUGUGCUUGCUCUUGGUGACUUUAUGGGUGUUGAAUGCCAUGCCUGCAUUGGUGGUACCAACGUUCGUGAAGAUAUUGCAAAGCUCCAAGCUGGUUGUCACAUUGUCGUUGGUACACCUGGUCGUGUGUUCGAUAUGAUCCACAAUCGUCGCGCAUUCAACCCUGAAGCGAUCAAGAUGUUCGUCCUUGACGAAGCUGAUGAAAUGUUGUCUCGUGGUUUCAAGGAUCAAAUCUAUGAUGUCUUCCAACUCUUGCCUGGUAGCACCCAAGUUGUUCUCUUGUCAGCCACCAUGCCAUCCGAUGUGCUUGAAGUCACUACCAAAUUCAUGCGUGAGCCUGUACGCAUUCUUGUCAAGCGUGAUGAAUUGACCCUUGAAGGUAUCAAGCAGUUCUAUAUUGCUGUCGACAAGGAAGAAUGGAAGCUCGAUACCCUCUGCGAUUUGUAUGAGACCGUCACCAUCACCCAAGCUGUUAUUUUCUGUAACACCCGUAGAAAGGUCGACUGGCUUACUGACAAGCUUCAUGCCCGUGAGUUCACUGUUUCUGCCAUGCAUGGUGAUAUGGACCAAGAGCAACGUGAUGUUAUCAUGAAGGAAUUCCGUUCUGGUUCUUCCCGUGUCCUCAUUACUACUGAUUUGUUGGCUCGUGGUAUCGAUGUUCAGCAAGUCUCCUUGGUUAUCAACUAUGAUCUUCCCUCCAACCGUGAGAACUACAUUCACAGAAUCGGUCGUGGUGGUCGUUUCGGUCGUAAGGGUGUCUCCAUCAACUUCGUUACCAACGAGGAUGUCCGCAUGAUGAGAGAUAUUGAACAAUUCUACAACACCCAGAUUGAGGAAAUGCCCAUGAACGUUGCCGACCUUAUCUAG